UGGAGAGCCCUCAUUGGCGACAUCGUCGAUUGCUGCGUAAAUGUUGCCAAUAUCGUUGCUGUCGUCAUCAACAGUUCCAGUCCGGAAGGAAACGUUCCCGAUGACAAAAAUUCACCAGCUGAAACAACAACCAUAGAAAAUAAAGUGAAACUGAUGCCCGAGUACUUGGUCGUCUGUUGUUGGAGGUCCGCCAAAGAAACUUCACUACUUCUUGGCCAAAUAACCUCGCAUAUCCCUAUUUCCGGUUGCUACGACGAUGACGAUGUUAAUGGUAGUGAUGAUGAUGCUACAUCCAUAUUGACACUAAAAACGCUGAACAGGAUUAGUGAUUUUCUUCGAGACCAACUCCUCCUAUCACGUCACAGAGGUGCGUUCGAACUGGCCUACUCAGCGUUCGUGCAGUUGGCAAGCACGCUCUGGACCAAUCGGAUAGCUAGUUUAAAAUCUAGGCCACAAAUCUGGGUCGAUCAGCUGAUAGAUAGGAUCAAAGUUCAUGACCCGAACGAUGAACUUUGCUCUACUCGUAGAAGCGCUGGACUGCCUUAUUAUUUUCAAGCCAUUGUAGUUACUGAACCUGCAGUGAACAACAGCAAAUGCUUCAACUUCUUGAUGAACAACCUCAUGUCUAUUGCUUUGCGUCCAAUUGUUAAGGAAGAAACUCAACAUGUUUGUAUAUUUUGUGUCCACAGUCGAAACAUAUUACGAGCUCUAAUUAGAGAUUCGACAUUAACCGACCGGAUCCAACCAUUCAUCAGCGAUGGCAUAAAAUCCGCCAUACUGGGGUACAACUCUGAAUACUGGCAGAUUAGGAAUUCGUCUACACUUUUGUUUAGUGCAAUAGUUAGGAAAAUAUUUGGGGUAAAAAAUUCAGCUUUAUCCGUGCAUGUUUCAUCAUCGUCAUCCUCUCCAAGAUGUUUAGGGUAG